AUGGAGGAGAUUUGUCUGGAGGACUUCCGGCCGACAACUGAAGCCGACCCAACGAUGGCUGGUCGGGAGGAUACGCGUACCGUGCUGCUUCAAAUGCAAAAAUUGAAGGCCGACAAGUUCGAGCAGGAGGCCGAGCUACGUGAGCUUCACCUUGAGCUGCGAAGCCUCGGCGCUGAGCUGGAGCGCUGCCAGGUUCUGCUGGCGGCUGAAAAGUCGGAAAACAACCGGCUCGGCGAUGAGCUGCAGCGGCGGAUUGGAGAUUUUCAACAGGCUCAAGCUGAUGCUCAAGUUGAAGCGGAAGCCAAAACCCAAAUCGCGGAAGCCUUGGAAGCCGAAGCCAACCGAUUAAGCAACGAAACUGGCGCCGAAGUUGAAGCUCUGAAGCUUGAGCUCGAAGCCAAGCUCGAGGAAAUCCACGAAUUGAGAUCGGAAAACCUGAAGAUUGCUUCGGAGGCUCAAGUUUUACAAGCACAAGCUCAGGAAAAUAGGGAAGCAAUGAGAACUCUACAAAGCGCCCCAAAUGACGAUCUCCUUGCUCGAGAUUCUGAGAUAGAAACUUUGAGCUUGGAGCUCGAAACGCUACGUACCGCUACGCAAAUGGUCAUGCAAGAAAAGGAGACUGAACUUGCGGCCCAGCUCCAAAAGACCGCGGAGCUUGAGAGUGAGCUCGAGCGAGUACGUCAGAAUACAAAUGACGAACAGCAGGUUAAGGAUGACCAGAUGGCAGCUUUAAGGGAGGAGCACGAAGCGCUACGCGAGAGUGCGCAAGCCGAGCUAAUCCUGAAAGCUGCAGAAAUCGAGACUCAGCUUCAAAAAGUUGAGAAGCUUGAGCAGGAGCUUCACCGGCUCCAGGAGGCUCCAAACGACGAGCUACAAUCUCGCGACAGGCAGAUUCAAGCGUUGACCUCUGAACUCGAAGCGCUACACGAGACUACGCAAGCCGAACUGAAGCUGAAAAAGGCAGAAAUCGAAGAUCAGCAACAGAAGCUCGAGGAGCUUGAGCAAGAGCUUGACCGGCUACGCGAAGCUCCAAAUGACGCGCUGCAAGCCCGAGAAGACCAGAAUGAAGCUUUGACCUCUGAGCUUGGCGCACUACGCGAGAGUACGCAGCUGGAAACUCAGGAACAUCAGCAGAAUCUCAAAGCGCUUGAGCAAGAACUUGAGCGUCUACCCGAGGCUCCAAACGACGAGCUUCGAGCUCGCGACAACCAAAUUGAAGCGUUAACCUCAGAGCUUGAUGCACUACGUGAGAGUACGCAAGCGGAAGCUCAGAAACAGCAACAGAAGCGCGAGGAGCUUGGACAAGAGCUUGAGCGGCUACGCGAAGCUCCAAAUGACGAACUGCAGGCCCGAGACGACCAGCUCCAAGCUUUAACUUCACAGCUCGAAGCCCUACAUCAAAGCACGGAAGCCGACGCUCAGGAGCAGCUACAGAAAGUUGAGGAGCUUGAGGGUGAGCUCGAGCGACUACAUGAGGCUACAAAUGACGACGCCCUUGCUCGGGACAACCAUAUAGAAACCUUGAAGUCGGAGCUCGAGGCGCUACGCGAAAGCGCGCAGGCCGAGGUGAAGCUGAAAAACGCCGAAAUCGAAGAUCAGCUCCAAAAAGUUGAGGAGCUUGAGCAAGAACUCGAACGGGUACGCGAGGCUCCAAAUGACGAACUUCUAGCUCGAGUCAACGAAAUUGCAGCCCUAACUUCGGAACUGGAAACACUACGCGAGCAUACGCAAUCCGAGGUUGCGGCCAAAGCUUUGGAACUGGAAAGCAAGGAGCAAGAGCUCGAACAGCUUCGCCAAGCAGCCUUUGACGAAUUUGAAGCAAAAUCGCGCGAAAUCGAAGGACUAGAAGCUGAGUUGAAGCUAAAAACUGAUGACUACGAGAAGCUACAGCCAGAAAUCGAUGCCCUACGAAACAGUAUUCAGGCCGAAAUCGCUCAAAAGGAGUCUGAACAUCAGGCUCAGCUUGAAACGCUUCAGGAGCUGGAGCUGGAAGUAGAACAACUGCGCGCCACAGCUAAUGGCGAGCUUCUGGAGAAGAAUUCUGAGCUGGAGACGCUGAACUUGGAGCUCGAGGAGCUACGCAGCUGUACUGAGGACGUCAUCACGAAGAAGAACUCUGAAAUUGACGCCCAGCUUCGGAAGCUUGGUGAGCUUGAGCAAGAGCUUGAACGGCUGCGCGAAGCUCCCAAUGACGAAAUUCGUGCUCGAGAUGACAAAAUCGUUGCCUUGGCUUCAGAACUCGAAGCGCUACGCGAGAGAACGCAGGCCGAAGCUCAGGAACAGCUUCAGAAGCUGGAGGGGCUUGAGCAAGAGCUUGAAAGGCUACGCGAGGCUCCGAAUGACGAAAUUCGAGCUCGAGAUAGCCAAAUUGAAGCGUUGACCGCAGAGCUCGAAGCGCUACGCGAGAGUACGCAAAUCGAGGCUCCAAAUGACGAAUUACAAGCUCGAGGCCAGAUCGAUGUUUUGACGUCAGAACUUGAGGUCCUACGCGAGAGCACUCAAGAACAGCUUCAAAAGCUGAAGGAACUUGAAGAAGCCAACCAAGCCCAAAGCCUGCAACUUAAGGAGUUUGAGCUACUACGCACGACUACAGACGACGAAUUGCAAGCAAAAAUUGUGGAGCUAAGCAAUAAUAAAGUCGAGCUUGAAGAAUUACGUGCAGAUUUCGAAAGGUUACGCCAGAGUACGGAGCACGCGGUGCGACAGAAGGCAGAGCAGAUCCUGAUCCAGCAGACGUUGAUUGAUGAGCUGGAGACGGAGCUUGGAGUGCAAAUUACAACAGCUACAAGCCACGCAAAUGAGCUGGAAGCUGCUCAGAAUGGGCUUGUAGAACUUGAGCAAGAGCUGACCAAAAAGAACGAAGCUGCUGAAGCCAAUCCUGAAGCCUUCGCGCGCUGUCAGCACUUGGAGCUCGAGCUACAGGAGCUACGCGAGGCAACAAAUGACGCCGACAGCUAUCGUACGGAGCUUGAAGAGGCUAGGAAAAGAAUUGCCGAGCUUGAGUACGAGCUUGGUGGUAAAAACCAGUCACUCGAAGGCAAGCUUGAGCACGAGGCAAAGCAGAACAACGAAGCUGACGAAGCCAAUGCCGAAGCUCAGAAUGAACUCCGUCAAAAAGCUGAGCAGAUCCUGAUACAGCAGACGCUGAUCGACGAGUUGGAGGCGGAGCUUGAAGUGCAAAGUACAACAGCUAAGAGUUUAGCAAAUCAGCUUGAAGGCGCACAUAGGAGGCUUGUCGAGCUUGAGCACGAGCUUCUUCAAAAGAACGAAGCACUAGAAGCCCGGUUUGAGCACGAGCUUGUCCAGAAAAACGAAGUCAAUUCUGAAGCUUUGGCGCGUUCCCAGCAAGUGGAGCUCGAGCUUCAGGAGCUCCACCAGGCCUUAGUGGAGGCUGCAGGCCACCGCAGGGAGCUUGAAGAAGCUAAGGAAAGACUUGCCCAGCUUGAGCACGAGCUUAGCGUCAAAACCGAAGCCCUUGAAGCCAAUUCUCAAGCCUUGGCACGAUCCCAAGAAUUGGAGAUCGAGCUCCAGGAGCUACGCGAUGCAAGAAAUGAAGCAGACAACUAUCGUACUGGGUUUGAGCAGGCUAGAGAAAGACUAGCCGAGCUUGAGCGAGAACUUGUUCGCAAAAACGAAGCUCUCGAAGCCAAUUCUGAGGCCUUGGCAAGAAACCAAGAAUUGGAGCUGGAGCUUCAGGAGCUUCACGCAACCACGAGCUCCGAGAUUACAAAGAGAAUCGUGGAAACCGAAGCCCUAAACGCGGCCAAGCUCGAAAACGAAGCCCGGGCCGAGAGCCUGGAAGAGAGGCUCUGGGAGCUGGAGGAGGAGCUGCGGAAGCUACGCGACGCUACGAAGGUCGAAUUGGAGGGGAAGGCCUCGGAAAAUCGGGCUUUGGAGGUGGAGAAUGAGGAGUUGAGGGAUGAGCUUGAUCAACUACGCGAGAAUACUUUGGACGGUGAGCUUGAAUUCGCCCGAGAAGCCUUGGCAAUAGCUGAGGAUCGAAUUUUGGACCUGGAGAACGAACUCGUCGAAAAGAAGAAGGCUUUAGAAGCUUUGGAAUCCGCGAGGCUACAAGCUACACCUGCGAACGUUGCGGAAAUUGACGGUCGACUACAAAAUACACCCAUUGACAGCAUGGACCUUGUAGCCACGGAGUUUAGCGGACUUCAAACUACGCCAAAUGACCCGGCGGAAUCUGUGCGUAGACUACAAAUUACACCUCUGAACGCAGUCGAACCUGAUGGACUACAGACUACACCAAUUGACGCCGGACAAGAAUUGAGACUAAAAAAGACGAUAGAACCCCGGAUACACGACGAUACCAUCGACAACUCAAGAAUUGAAGAUCUCCAGCACCAAAUUCAACAAAAAACCCACGAAAUAGAGUCCCUGAAAACCGAGCAGCACCUGAAAAAUUCCGAAUAUGAGCAUGACAUUGAAGAACUCGGCCGGGAGGUUGAGGAGAUACAAAAAGCGGCCGAGGCCCGAAUUCUUGGCCUGGAGAAACAGCUGGCGGACGCGCGAAGAGUGCCUGAGCACGAGGUCGAGGAGCUGCAGAGGUGCCGUGAGAUCCUGGAAGCUGAGAAGGCGGAGAUAAUGGGGAGGUUGGAGGAGAAAUCUGCAGAAUUGGCACGCUGCCAAGUCGAAUGGGCGGAGAGGGCCGGAUUUUAUGAGAUGAGGAUAGAAGCCCUGGAGGGGGAAUUGAAGGAGGCUGUGGAGGAGAUUGGGAGACUACAAAGUACAACUGUUGACGAGGGCAAGGAAAAGGAGGAGGAGCUGAAGAAGGAGAUGGCUGGACUGGAGAUACAGCUCUCUAAAGCCCGAGAAGAAGCCGAAGCGGCCUCCUGGAAUUUGGCCGAGUCCGAGAGACAACUUCAAGACGUUCGGGAGGCAAAUGUGGAAUUGAAACAGAAGCUAGCCAAGACGGCCUUAGAAGAUCACGUCCAGGCUACGGUAGCUGAGACUACGGUGCCUGUUGCGUCAUCACCACGAAGUGAAGAGGUCAGCGAGCUGCGGGCAGAUUGUCUCCAGAUGGAGGCACGGCUCCGGGGAGCGCAUGAGAAUAUUCAUGCAUUAAAGAAAGAAAUCCACGGCUGGCAACAACGCGUGGAGAGCCGUGAAAAGUCGUUAGAAGCGCUGCGCGCCGAGCAGGACGUCAUCAAGGAGCAGCAGCAGCAGCUCAUUUUUGAGAACGGGCAGUUGAGGCUCUCCGCACGCAGCAAUGACCCGACGGAGCGCAUCUUGGCGAUGGAGCGCGAGCUGGUCGAGACGAGAGCUUUACUGCAGCGUCGAAUUGACGGGCUGAUCGAGGACCUCCGAUUAGCUGAGCUCGAGCUCGAAAAACGCCGUCAAACCGACGCGGUCGCCGAGGAAACUCUGCAAAAACACGCAGAAGCGGUGACGGAAUGGCGUGGUCGGUGGGAGACUGCGGUGCAGGAGGCUGAGGCUAUGAGGAGAUGUGCUGAUGAGACGCCGAGGCUUCAGUCAGCGCUGCAUCAGAGCCGCUCCGAACACAACGAACUCAACCGCCGCCUGGACGAGGCUGAAGAACGCAUCGCUAGAGCGCAACGCGAAAAAGACGCCCUCAACGCCCAGCUAACCAUCGUCUCCCAGCAACUCGAAGAGCGAACGGAUAGGCUGCGAAAAGUCGGCGACGCCAAGACGCAAAAUAUGUUGCGGCUCGUCGAGCUGGAGUCGCGGCUGAACGCUUGUCGACAAACCAUUGCUGAGCAACGGCGGGCACUUGGGCUGGCUGCCGACCAAGCCGAUGCUCCCGGAACUAGUCGAGACACGGAUUCAGAAGUGGAGAGCCGCGAAAGCUUGUUGGAAAAGUUGGUGCUCGCCGAACAGCGGAUACAGGAGCUGGAAUCUCAGCUUUCAUUGCUGACCAACCCGGAAGCUAACGAUUCUCAAGCGCCAGUCAAUGCCGUGGAAGCGGAAACUGAGGUAGACGAGGUGGAAGAGGCUGAAGAAGCCGCCGUGGCUUUGUUGGAAUCAUCAGACGCUACGGAAGUGGAUCUAAACCAAGAUGAAGCGGAUGUUGAUCAGGAAAACGCCGCCUCGCCCAGCUUCCAGUCGCCCUGGUGCUUUAACAACCCGGAUUUU